AUGUCCGGAGACAGCCACACGCCGUAUGACGCGCAGACAUCGUCCACUGUCCCUCCAACGAGCGAGAAGGCAGACUCGCCGCACAAGUCGGCCGUGAGGGGGUCUACACGCAGGACCCGGCCCUCCAAGCCUUCCGGAUCGCCAACACGCAUCGCUAUCUACGCCCAUUGUCCCUCGCUUGCAUCUCCGGUGAUUCAGAGUAGCGGCUCCUCGUCUCCGCUCGUCGCGUACGCUCGUCGUGAGUUUUCACCGCCGUCAGCCCCGACACAGCAGCGCUCGCCGCACUCGGCCGUGAGGGGGUUUACAGGCACGACCCAGCCCUCCAAGCCUUCCGGAUCGCCAACACGCAUUGCUAUCUACGCCAAUUGUCCCUCGCUUGCAUCUCCGGUGGUUCAGAGUAGCGGCUCCUCGUCUCCGCUCGUCGCGAGCCCCGUGGCUCACCUUUAA